AUACUACCUUUUUUUUAAAAAAACUUACUAUCAGCAUUUUGAUUGAUAAAAUUUAUAAAUGGAAAUAUGAUAAAUAUUUAGGAUAUUUUAUUUAAGCUUUUUGAAACAGCAAAAAUGUAAAGAAAUUCGUGUAUGAAAAUUGUAUGAGUUUAAAAAUAAAUUUUCUUUUAUUUUUCAUUCGAUCCAAUACAUCUAUGAUUAUGUUUAAAAAUAAAUCGGGUAACACGAAUAUCUGUUCAAAAAUAAGUAAAGAAUCACUCUUAAAUUACUUCAGAAAGCUGGCAUCAUUGAUGAUAGAUACUACUUUAAAAUGUCGAAAGAAAUAGUUGUGUUUUUUAAUAAUCAAAAAUGAGUGAAUUACAUUCUCAAGUUUGCUUUGACGCUUUGUCAAUUCUAAAUAAUGUUCAAGUUGUUGAAACAGUUUGUAAUUUAUGUGGUGCAUCUCAUUUUACUGGUAAUUGUCCGAUACUUAGACAAGGCACAUAUGUGGCUGAUACUCCACAACAAACUUUUUCAAGGUCUUCAAUUCCAAAAGGAUUAAUAAUAAUGAACAGUGAAACUGAAGGAACAUGCGUUAUAACCUCACAAAAGUUUGCUAAAGGAACUCGAUUUGGCCCAUUACUUGCACCAGCAACAUUUUUUCCGACCAAAGAAACAAAAUUCCCACUCAUUAUUUUUCCAACACACCAAUAUAAUAACGAGGAAACUUAUGAUAUUCAAGAUCUUUUCACUGGUAGAAACAUUUAUUUAGAUACGACUGACGAUUCAUUCUGCAAUUGGAUGGUACACGUUUCGCCAGCCAAAUACUCGAACGAACAAAACUUAUGUUGCUAUCAAGAAAACUAUGAGAUUUACUAUGCAGCAAUACAAGAUUUGGAAUUGGGAGACAUUUUAAAAGUUUGGUAUUCUUCCACAUAUGCAUCCAUCAUGGGAGCAAAACUUUUAGAGCCUAGUCCAUUUGAUAUUUUCUGUGACGAAACUCUUGCUGAUAUAAAAAAUGACACUGAAAUAGCUCUUCCGCCAGUUAUGAGUUUAUUGAAAACUACUGUACACAACUUUUCCAAUAUAAAGGAUGACAGUUUGAACAUUUACGAUUAUAACAGGUCAUUUUCUGUAAACAAUGAAAAAAAUAAUCGUUUAAUGAACAAUGAUACCUUGAAUGAUUGA